AUGAACUUUUUAAAGAGCAGUGGCUUUAGCUCAGUUCCAAACAACACAAAUCAACCGAGGGCACAACCACAAUAUAAUCAAUCAACAUAUGGCGCAGCUACAUACCAACCACAAAUGCCUCCACAACCAGAAAAAUCUACAAAUGAAAAAAUCAAGGAAGCUUUUGACAAUUUUGGUAAUAAGAUCGUUGAAGUGUUCACACCAACAAGCAAUGAGCCUGCUCAAGUAACAAGUGUUUCACUUCUUGAUGAAGCUCCUCAACCAACAUCUAAAGCCCCAGUUGUUCAAAAGCAAAAAACAACCAAGAAGUUCGUACACUUAACUCCAGCAAAGAAAUUCAUCAAGACAACAUCAGGAAAUGCUAAACCAACACAAGCAGAAGAAAAUACUUUCGUAAAUAAUAUGGUUGAAACAAGCAUUGAUGAGCUCAUUGAAGCUCUUAAUGAUCAAGACUGGAAAGUUAAGGCUCGCGCAUGCCGUGGUCUUGAACUUUGCGCUGAACAUUUUGGUUUCGAAAAGAUUCAUCCAGCUAAGUCAACAAUCCAAGGUUUAGUUUCUGCUCCGCAAAAGUCAUUACAAUUAGCUUCAAAGUCAUUACUUGAUAAAAUGGCUUCUGCGCCGACCGGAUUUUCAUUUGCUCAGACAAGUGCACAACCGGCUACAGAAUCGGCCCCUGUUUCUGAUGAAGUUAUUAAUUUUGGUGAAGAACAAUAA